AUGGACGCGCAGGCUGUGUGUGACUCGUGUCUCGGUGNCCAGAACUACGUUGAUGGAGGAAGCAUGGCGGCGCGGAAUAAGCUGGCUAAUUCCGAGGACGAGCUGGAAGUGGAGGGGUCCUGCAGUGAAGUGAGCAACCGGGGUAAGCUAGGAGGUCAAGACAUGUUGUGCCGGGGUAGGGAGAGCAAGGUGGGAGAGGUAGGAGGUCAAGAUGAUGGUGUGGGUCAUGAAAACAUAAACAAACAGGUUAUAGAGGAUGCUGGUUCUGAGACAAAAAUUGAAGGAAUAAAACCUAACUCUGAUCAGAGGCUGACACAGGAAAUACAGUCAACAGAGAAUAUGAAAACGUGGAAGCUAGCAACGGAGUCUGGGGCGGUUUUUUACGAUGAUGAAGAAGACAUUAUGGCUAUUUUACAAAGACAAAAUGAGGCUAUUGCAACAAAAAGAAGGAUGGCAAAACAAAAGGAGAAAGCUAGGAAGAGCAGGCCCAAACAACAUAAUAAGAGUGAGAAACUGGUGAUGUGGGAGGAAUUAAGCUAUAUGGUGGGUUUAUGUCAGGUUUCGUUUUGCUUCAUGGGAGACUUCAAUGAGAUCUUACGGCUGGAGGAAAGGAAAGACGCCGUUAGUCUACCAGCAUCAGCUGAGGAUUUUAUGGAGUGGGUACAAGACUUACAGCUCAUAGACUUACCGCUAACUGAUAGAAAAUUCACGUGGUUUCGAGGCAAAUCUUGUAGUUGCAUUGAUAGGAUGAUGGUCAGCUUGGAGUGGCUUGAGGAGUUUCCAGAUACUCGAUUGAAAGGGGGUCCGAGAGGCCAAUCGGAUCAUUGCCCGUUGAUUCUAGAAGAUACAAGACUUUGGGCGGGUACAAGACCUUUUCGUAGUCUAGAUUCCUGGUUUACACAUGAAGGGUUUCUGAGGAUGGUAAAGGAUGAGUGGAAAAACUUGGGUGAUGACCAAUUCACAAAUAAGCUGAAGGCUUUGAGAGUACUGCUAAGGAGAUGGCACAAGGACAAUUUUGGGGAUAUGAACAGCAGGAUAAAGAAGUUUGAGGAAGAGAUAAAGAAGAUUGAUGAUAUCGUUAGUGCGGGUUCUUAUGACAAAACAAUGGAGGCUAGACGGAAGGCUCUUGUGACUUGCUGUGCGAAGUGGUAUGCUAGAAAGGAGAUUCGUUGGAAGCAGAUGUCUCGAUCUCAACAUGCUAGAUAUAUGGACAAGAACACCAGCAUCCGUGAUGGGUUGGUAAAACAGAUUGAGGAGGAAGAGGCAGCCGUGCUAGAGGUAAUGCCAACUCCGGAGGAGAUACGAGAGGCGGUUUGGGAUUGUGAGUCAAGUAAAACUCCGGGUAGUGAUGGCUAUAAUAUGAACUUCAUAAAGAAAUGUUGGGACGAGAUUGGCCAGGAAUUUACUACAACUGUAUUGGGUUUUUUUCAGAGUGCGAAGCUACCAACAGAGGCUAAUGUAACUUGGGUGGCGCUAGCUCCAAAAUUUGUGGGGGCAAAGAAAAUCAAAGACCUAAGACCGAUUAAUAUGGUUGGUUGUAUUUAUAAGGUGAUAUCAAAAGUGCUGGUAAGAAGAAUGCGCCUAGUGAUGCCAUGUUUAGUGGGGGAGACCCAGUCUGCGUUUGUAAAGGGCCGCAAAAUACAUGAUGGUGCUCUCAUUGCUUGUGAGACGGUCCAAUGGCUAAAGCUGCGAAGGAAGCGAGCAGCAAUUAUCAAAUUAGACUUUCAGAAAGCUUAUGACAGGGUAAGAUGGAGCUUUGUGGAUAUAGUGCUACAGAAGAUGGGCUUUGAACUUAGAUGGAGGACAUGGGUGAAGGAAUGUGUGACCACAGCGUCUAUGUCGGUGUUGAUUAAUGGGUCACCUUCCAAGCCGUUCAAGAUGGAGAGAGGACUCAGACAAGGAGAUCCCCUCUCUCCUUUUCUAUUUGUCCUUGUCGUUGACGUUUUGCACAGGAUGGUGGGUGAGGCAGUAAGGAAUGGACGUAUUUCUCCAUUGCUGGUGGGACAGGACAACAUAGAGCUGUCACAUCUCCAAUUCGCAGAUGACACGAUCUUGUUCUGCCCUCAGGAUAUGGAGACAGUAUUGAAUUAUAAGAGACUUCUGCGUUGUUUUGAGUUAAUGUCUGGCUUGAGUAUUAACUACGACAAGUCAAGCUUGAUUUCAGUCAACUGUGAGAAGGAAUAG